AUGGAGGAUACCCUUGAGGUAUUCAAGCAAGUGAAAGUUAACAUCCCACUCGUAGAUGCCAUCAAACAAGUCCCAAAUCAUGCGAAAUUUCUAAAAGACCUUUGCACUCAAAAGAGGAAAAAUCGAACCAAUGUGUCCAAAAAGGUCCUUCUUACCGAGCAAGUGUGCUCUGUUUUUCAGUCGGACGCUCCCCUUAAGAUGCAAGAUCCUGGUACCCCGACUAUUGAUAUAGUCAUUGGAAAAUAUGCCAUAGAGCAUGCACUUUUAGACUUAGGGGCUAGUGUCAAUUUGAUUCCGUACUCGGUGUACGAACAAUUGGGGCUUGGGGAGUUCAAGCCCACAUCGGUUACCUUGCAAUUAGCUGAUAGAUCCAUUAAGGUGCCCCGUGGAGUAGUUGAGGACGUUCUUGUCAAGGUUAAUGAUUUUUACUUUCCGGCUGAUUUUAUAGUCCUUGACACAGAACCGGUGCAAACCCUUAAAAAGCAGACUCCAAUUAUUCUUGGCACGAAACACCCUCCAGUGGAGGAAGACUGCUUCGUAGUCGAUGUCGUGGAGGACUUGGUGGAGGAGGCAUUGCCUUAUGUUUUGACUGAUGACCCAUUGGCUGCUUGUCUGGCACACUUUGGGUAUGAGGAGUAUGAUAUCGAUCAGUCCAUUGAGGAGGUGAAUCUGUUACUUAAUAAUUCACCUCCAAAGUGGACAGCGCAGUUUGAACCUCUUCCCGCACUUUCUGAUGAGACCGCCCCUUCGUCUAUUGAGGCUCCACCGAAACUUGAGUUGAAGCCACUUCCGGCUAAUCUCAAGUACGUGUUUCUAGGUACCAAUGACACCCUUCCGGUUAUUAUUGCGUCUGACCUUUCUGUCACACAAGAGGGUCAAUUGGUUGAAAUACUUAAGCACUAUAAGAGUGCGAUAGGGUGGUCUGUGGCAGAUUUGAAGGGUAUUGAUCCCUCCGUGUGCAUGCAUCGCAUCAAUUGUGAAGAGAAUGCCAAACCAUCACGUGAGAUGCAACGGAGGUUGAACCCGAAUAUGAAGGAGGUGGUAAUGAAGGAGGUUGUGAAACUCUUGGAUGCGGGUAUCAUAUACCCCAUCGCGGAUAGUAAGUGGGUGAGUCCCACUCGGGUGGUGCCCAAGAAGUCGGGCAUAACUGUGGUCGAGAAUGAGAGAGGUGAGCUUGUCCCGACACGCGUCACCACGGGGUGGCGUGUUUGCAUUAACUACCAUAAGCUCAAUUCUAUGACUAGGAAAGAUCACUUCCCAUUGCCUUUCAUUGACCAAAUCUUAGAGCGGUUAGCGGGCAAAAGCUAUUAUUGUUUUCUGGAUGGCUAUUCCGGAUACAAUCAAGUGCCCGUCGACCCUGCAGACCAAGAGAAAACUACCUUUACUUGUCCUUUUGGCACUUUCGCUUACCGGCGUAUGCCAUUUGGUUUGUGCAAUGCACCUGCUACUUUUCAACGGUACAUGAUGUCUAUUUUCUCUGACAUGGUGGAGGAGUUUCUCGAGGUCUUUAUGGAUGACUUUUCGGUUUUUGGGACCUCGUUUGAUGAUUGUCUCCGUAACUUGAGCAAGGUGCUUAAGCGAUGCAUUGAGAAAAAUUUAGUGCUAAGUUGGGAGAAGAGCCAUUUUAUGGUUCAAGAGGGGAUAGUGUUGGGACAUGUGGUGUCUACGAGGGGGAUUGAGGUCGAUAAAGCUAAAGUUGACUUAAUUUCGCGACUCCCUCCCCCAUCUUCUAUUAAGCAGAUUAGAUCCUUUUUAGGGCAUGCGGGCUUUUACCGCCGCUUUAUUCGUGAUUUUAGCAAGAUUGCUAAACCCUUGUGCGAUCUCCUCGCCAAGGAUGUGCCAUUUGUGUUUGACGAGGCUUGCAUGAAGGCCUUUGUCAAGUUGAGAGAUGCCUUGUCCUCCGCACCUAUUAUGCAGUCACCCGAUUGGAAAUUACCUUUCGAAAUCAUGUGUGAUGCGUCCGACUAUGCAGUUGGCGCUGUCCUUGGCCAACGGGUUGACAAAGUUUCCCAUGCGAUUUACUAUGCGAGUAAAACCCUCUCCGAUGCUCAAUUGAAUUACACUACUACGGAGAAGGAGUUACUUGCUGUUGUUUUUGCAUUAGACAAGUUUAGGUCGUACCUCCUCGGGUCUAAGGUUGUUGUGUAUUCUGAUCAUGCUACAUUGCGUCACUUGCUUUCUAAGAAAGAUGCGAAACCUAGGCUCAUUAGAUGGAUUCUGUUGCUACAAGAGUUUGAUUUUGAAAUUCAGGACAAGAAAGGUUCCGAAAAUUCUGUGGCCGACCACUUGUCGAGGAUCCUUGUUGACUCCUCAUGUGACAUUGUGCCUCUCCAUGACUCAUUCCCCGAUGAGCAAUUGUUUGAGGUGUCGCAAGUUCGGCCUCCGUGGUAUGCUUUUAUUGUUAAUUACCUAGCCACUGGUGAGAUUCCUUCGCAUUGGUCCCGUCUAGAUAAGGACCGAUUCUUUUCUCAGGUUGGGCAUUAUUUGUGGGAGGAUCCGAUACUUUUUAAGUAUUGUGCGGAUCAAGUGAUUCGGCGCUGUGUCCCCCAGUGUGAGUAUCAUAGUAUUUUGACAUUUUGUCAUACUCUUGAAUGUGGGGGACAUUUUAGUGGGAAGAAAACGGCGACAAAAGUGUUGCAGAGUGGCUUCUAUUGGCCAACUCUUUAUAAAGAUGCCCACGAAUUUUGUAGGACGUGUCUUCUGUGCCAACAUGCCGGAACAUAUCCCGCCGAGACAUGA